AUGUUGACCAGCGCCGAGACUAUCCGUAUACUCGUGUCCACCGAUAAUCAUGUCGGAUAUAACGAACGGGAUCCCAUUCGCGGGGAUGACAGCUGGAGAAGCUUCCAUGAGGUGAUGUGCCUGGCCAAAGAACGGGACGUCGACAUGGUCUUGCUUGCGGGAGACUUGUUCCAUGAGAACAAGCCGUCCCGUAAGUCAAUGUAUCAAGUGAUGCGCUCCAUUAGGAUGAACUGCUUUGGCGACAAACCUUGCGAGCUGGAAAUGCUGAGUGAUGCAAGUGAGACUUUCCAGGGUGCCUUCAACCAUGUCAACUAUGAGGACCUGGAUAUGAACGUUGCCAUUCCCAUUUUCUCAAUCCAUGGCAACCACGAUGAUCCCUCCGGUGAAGGUCAUCUGGCUGCAUUGGAUCUUCUACAGGUUUCCGGAUUGCUGAACUACUACGGACGAACUCCCGAGUCAGACAAUAUUGAAAUCAAGCCCGUUCUGCUUCAAAAGGGACGCACAAAGCUAGCUCUCUAUGGAAUGAGCAAUGUGCGAGAUGAGCGCUUGUUCCGCACUUUUCGAGAUGGCAAGGUCAAAUUUUUCCAGCCAUCGGUGCAGAAGAGCGACUGGUUCAAUUUGAUGUCUGUGCAUCAGAAUCAUCACGCGUAUACCGAGACUGGAUACUUGCCCGAGAACUUCCUUCCAGAUUUUUUGGACUUGGUCGUCUGGGGUCAUGAGCACGAGUGUCUGAUUGACCCGAGGCUUAACCCAGAGACCAAGUUUCACGUCAUGCAGCCGGGUUCUUCAGUGGCAACCUCUCUGGUUCCGGGAGAGGCUGUGACAAAGCAAGUGGCCAUUGUCAGCAUCACUGGUCGGGAUUUUAAGUGUGAGCCGAUUCGGUUAAAAUCUGUUCGUCCUUUCGUCAUGCGGGAGAUAGUUCUGUCGGAAGAAAAGGAGGGUCGGAGACUGGCCAGAAAAGAAGGUAAUCGAACGGAAGUAACCCGCUACCUCAUGUCUGUUGUCGAGGAGUUGAUCGAAGAAGCCAAUGCGGAGUGGCGAUCAACUCACGAUAUCGAUAACGAAGAUGGAGAUUAUAACGAUGACGAGGAUCCUCCUCAGCCGCCACUCCCUCUUGUACGCCUUCGUGUCGAGAUAUCGACUCCGGAUGGCGGGAGCUUCGAAUGUGAAAACCCACAGCGAUUUUCGAACCGUUUCGUGGGAAAGGUUGCUAAUGUCAAUGAUGUGGUGCAAUUUCACCGCAAGAAGAAAAAUACUUCAACGACACGUAAAACGGACACUUCGCUCGAGGAUGCCACUGCAUCCCGGUUGGCCGCCCUAGACACAGUCAAAGUGGAACAGUUGGUCCGAGAAUAUCUGGCCUCGCAAUCACUCAGUAUACUCCCGCAGAAUUCUUUCGGGGACGCGGUGGCUCAAUUCAUCGACAAAGAUGACAAGCAUGCGAUGGAAAUGUUCGUCAACGAAUCUCUAGAAGGCCAGGUCAAACACCUGAUGAGCCUGGAUCGAGAUGAAGACGAUGCGGACGAUGAAGAAAGAGCCCAUGGCUCGCUUGUGUCUGCCAUGGAAAAAUAUCGAACACAAAUGGAGGACAUGUUCAACAAGGGCGUCAAAAAACGGUCUAGGGGCAAGAAACGCUUCAAGCCCAAACCAGAUGGAUGGGACACUGAGUUUGAUGGCGAGUGGGAAGAUCAACCUGGCGCCCUGAUUCAUUCCGAUAAUGAAGGUGGAGAUCCCGCAGAAGAGGAAGCAGGAGAGGAUGGCACCACACCGGCACGACGAGUUGCAACGACAACUACUGCGACAACGACCGUGUCCACACGGGGCCGUGGUAGGGGAAGAGGGGCCCGAAGCUCUGUCUCUACGUCACGAACCACAACUAGCAAGGCAGCUACUGCUAAGGGCAGGGGUCGGGCCAAGAAAGACCUCUCUGAUGUCGACCCGGACGAUGUUAUCAUGCUCGACGAUGAGGAAGUCCACGAGCCCAACGCGCAUAGCGCUUCCGGGGAGGAUGACGACUCGCAAGCUCUAUUCGUGAAGCAACCUCGAACGGCGGCCACGGCGCCACGUGGACGCAGGGCCAAUGCUUCGACAGCCACCCGGGGUCGCGGAGGUCGGGCAGCCGCCUCGCCUGCUCCAUCAUCAGGCACUGUGGGGGGGACAGCUACAAGAAGAGGAGCUUCGAGAGGUGGAAAAUCGACACAAACCAUUUUGGACUUUGCCGGCUCCCAGGCAAGCUCUGAGCGUCCAUCAAGGGCGGCUCGAUCAACUCGCAAUAUGAGCAUGCUCAGUGAUGGUGUUGACGACGACGACGAUGAUGACGCAUUUGAGCCUAUGUCAACUUCGACGUCUCGUAAGCGGCGGUGA